AUGUUGCGCCGCAAUUCCAUUCGUCGUCUCGUAUUUCGACGGCAUCCAUCCGUGGUGGCAUCGUCGUCGUCCUGUCGUGUCCCCAUUCCUCCUGGAGGUAGUGUCACCACAAAGCCCUGCCUUUUCCAGUUUCGUUACUUUUCCGAUGGCUUAUUGGGUCACAGUCCCAUGGCCCCCAAGGCUCCAGCUGCCGAAGGAGAAAAGUUGAGCAUUCCGACGGAACGAGAUGUCCAAAUUGCGGGAGGCGUAUUUAAUCCAACGUCGGCCAAACGCGACAAACUAGCGGAACUCAAAGUGGAACUGCUGGAGAAUCAGUUCACAUUAGACGAUGCCGCUACAGCAGCACAACUCCGAGACUUGCAUCUCGCAGACGGCAUUCAGUGGAUUGCCUAUACCGCAGAGCAAUGUCGCUUACCAGAGCAUGUGGCUACCAAGGCUCCUUCUGUGGUGCUGCUAAAAGAAGAAGAAGAAACCAAAGGGAUUGAUGAUAAGGAUACUACAGAAACUGCGAGUAUUAUUACUCCAGAAACUCCCACACUACUUCCAGAACUGGAUCCAACGAAAUGGGAAACCGACGAGGGUUUAUUGGAAGUUGUCUCCUGGAUUGCCGACCAACAGGCAUCCAUACAAUCUACAGUUCCUGACAGUCAGCUCUCCCAGGAACAAUGGGAAACCUACCUGGAAGAAUUGACGCAGAAAUUGGACCAAGCAUUGGCCGCCUUGCCCCCGGGACGAUAUUUGUCACACGUCCGGGAUAUUUACACCGUUCCCGAAACACUAGUAAGCGUAGGAAACGAGGAACAUGCCCAAUCCACCUUGUUGAAUGAACUGCAACAAGAAUUGAGUGCCUUGCCAGAACAGCAACAAUUGACAUUGGCAGGGAAUAAACUAUUGGCACGAUAUCGAUUGCUAUUGACACGGGCUACCUGCGAGCAUUUGAAAGCUUCGUGGGAUGCCUUGACGACCCUCUCCGAUGAAGCAUUGGAUCGGUUGGCCGUCGUGGGAGGAGAAGAAAUAGAAUCCCAACGACAGUCACUCUCCUUGAUGCAACUCAACGAAGUUCUACGAGCGUGUCUGACGGGAAAUGCCAUUGAUCGGGUUGAUGCCAUGUGGGAUCUCGUCGAUCUGCAGGGAGAUGGAUUGUUGGAAAAGACCGACAUGGAGAAGGUAUCCGUCUUUACCGUUACUGCGGUGCAAAAUGCCCUCGUCGCCUUGUUUGAAGAUGCCGUCGAGGCAUCGCCGGUCCUACCGGUCGCAGAGGAUACCGACAAACAACCUGGAUUCUUUGCGCGACGUGCGGAAGCCAAGGCCAAAAAACGACUCACAAAGGCAUUCCAACGCGCAUCCGCCAAACACUUUGACGAUGAAGUGGAAAUGCCACAUCGGCUGCGGUGUAUUUAUGCCUGGGCGAUCAAGGCACAUCAAAACAAUAACGUCGAUUCCGUGUUGAUUGAAGCGUCGGGAUGGAGUGGACGGAAACGAUAUGUCGAACUACAGCCCAAGAUUUCGCUGCAAGAGUUUCGAGAAGCGCAACAGAUUCAUUUCACGCACUUGGAUCGAAUAGGGUGGGAAAUCACCAAGAGUUUCCGAGACGAUUUGUGGGUGGUGCAAGGGAAAGGACGGCAGAAUGCAGAACUGCGUCGAGACUGUGCCAUCUUUUUGCUGGUAGUAGGCGUGGUGGAUUAUGGUAUAAUCUUGUUAUAG